AUGCCUUCCAUAUCCUCCACCUACCUGCUACCCGCAAUCAUACUUAACCCCGCCUUCAUUCUCCAUCUCAUAAACACUUUCGUAUCGCAUUACAUGCCACCCCCACCAACUGCUUCCCGAUCGCCCCAUCCUACAUUCGAACGCCUUGGUCCGCUCCCCGGUUCCACACCGUAUCUUGACAUGCACGAUAAUGAUCAAUUGUGCUGGGGAUACACAAUUCUCAUGGUCCUCGUACAAGUCGUUGCUUUCGGAAGAGUUCAAGAUAAUCGAAGUGCCAAGAAGAUUGCUAAAGCCGCAAAGAUUGAAAAGAGUAGAAAAGAGAAAUUGGAAAAAGCGCAAGCCGAAAGAAAAGAAGUAAUGUCAAAACUCAAUGAGAUAAUGGGCAAAGUAGACAGCAAGACCGAUUGCCCGACACUAAUUAAUAUCUCGGAGAAUGGGAACCCGCUUACGGCACAUAACUCUGAACAUCUCAACGGUCUUGACGGUUCGAAAACUUUUCCUUGUACCGAGAGUGAAGGGAGCUUAACAGAGACGAGCGAGGAGGAAAUGAUGAUUUGAACCCUCUCUAGAUUUCUUCUGUCUUUCUUUUCGCAUCGUCUUUCGGGUAUUCAUGUGAGAAUCACACAGGGAGGAGUAGGAAAAAGUGGCGUGGCGUUUCCCGGGGGUCUGUCUGUUUGGUCUUUUCUGGAGUUGAUGAUACACAAGAAUUUGGGACUUUUUGCUGUUUUUCUCGGUCGGUCUGCGGGUUAUCAGUACAUGUAGACAAGACGUCUUUCCAAAGGAAAAGAAUAGAAAUACAAAUGUCAUUUUCUUCUUCUUCAUGAGUUGAAAGGUGCAUGUGGUUCCGAGGGAUCCGGGUUCUCAAGAUGACUAACCAGCCGCUUAGGGUGGUGUCAUUUCAGGCUAUUUGGAAAGCCGGGUGGAAUCUUUCCGUCUAGACUCUAUUCAUAGAUAGGUAAGUAACCAAGGGAGAUCUCUGUUUUUAUAUCCGGGGUUAGAAGGUUAGAAGGUAAGAAGGUUAGUACUAGAGUAAUAUAUUAGGGGAUUUAAGGUUAGUACUAUUAGAUAAAUAGAGUUAGACUUUACCUAAGCCGCGUAAGUUUAUAAUUCUACCUUACUAGGUAGGUAAUAUCUUAGAUAGUACUAGGUAAACUUUAGAACUUUUUAUUUUAUUUUAUAUAAGUAUAAGUAUAUUUUAAUAGUAUCUUUUAAUAGAGAUAGUUUAUAGAGUUUUAGAUAUAAUUAAAAGUAAUUACUUUCUUUUUAUUAUUUUUUUAAUUGGGAAGUUUAUAGGAAGUAUUAGCGGUAGAGUCUAUAGUAUUUAGAGAUAGAAGUGCUAGAGAUAAAUACUUAGAAGAUUAAGUUAAGUGUUUAGAAAGCCCCGGAUAAUUAAUUACUCGUAUACCCUAGAAAUACAAAGGUCAAUUGUAAAGGGAAGUACCUAUUAGAUCAGAUUCAGAGUGGAUCUACUGCGUACACCUUGGCGACUUGGCUUGGUGGACUACUGAAGGUGGACUAAAAAUGUGAGUUGUCUUUGUUAUUUCUCUAUCUUUUGGUCUUUGUGCUGCAAACUUCAGCUACAUUUGUGGGUUCUUGGUGGAAGUCAAGAACCUCUUUAUCUCGAAUCCUCGCCUAGCAUUUUGUGGAGGAAAAUGACCAGGGUAGCGUGUUCAUAGGGCGAGAAAGUAGAUGGAAUAAUCGGCUUAGAAGAGUAUCUACACAAUGAUUAAACUAUUCUUCCUAGGCUUAUUUCUAUAGACUAAAUCCAUUAACGAAUCAAGAGCGUUCUCAUUUAUGACGUUGUAGGAAAGAGACUUUCCUUCCCGUCGGUGUGUUCACAGGAGGCGAGCUCGUGAUCACGCGCAAGCGUGGGGUGGUUUCGGUCAUGCACGCAAUCCUCUUCGUUGCGCUCAAUCCUGUACCAUCUUAACAACAUCCUUAUUGUUUCUCUUCUAAAGUCAUAUAAUUGCGAGGCAAAAUCUGACGCUCUACCGGAUCUUUUUCAGAAGACUUGAAUCAUUCGUGUCUGCUUGACGCGUGGCCUUGGAAGCGUCUCAAGAAGCGUCCACGCUUUUGCCGCAUCGGCAAGCGCGCAAUUGAACGAAACUAGCCAUUAUACCACUAUUUACACCCAUUUAGCGACACGCGAAGCGAUUUACGGGAGCGCGACAGAGUGGAAAAGGUUGGGACUGAUGGCUGAGAGAGAAUUAGCAGUUCCUGCGCGAACUGAAACCACGUUGUCAGCGAGUCAUCGUCGCGAAGAGACAGGUGGAAUUGCAAAGCAGAACGCGACGGGUAUCGACAUGAAGGCCUCGAAGUUGGACAAUACUCUUGUUCGCACAGCUCAUGAUGCGCAGGGCCUGUUGCAAAAGUAUUCGGGAAUUGAUCGAGUUGGGAGUGCGAUAGGGAAAGGGUUCCAUAAAGAAGAUCAAAACAACGCGCAUACGAAUCCACAAUCGAAUUCGAGUGACAAUUCCCAAUCCACAAUCGCAUCUCCUCCGACUUCCUCCUCAGAAGGGUUCUCAUCGCAGACUACGAAUCAGGAUGGACCGUUGUCUCAGUUGUCCCAAUUGUCCCAAUUGGCUGCUCAACAGCAGCCUUUGACAAAUGCUACGCGACCCACUCUCUCAAUAUCACCGACUGCGGGACAAAAGAGGACGGCGGAUGGACAGAUAAAGGAAAACAUCUCCAAUUCGCCCAUGAGUCCUCGUCCCCGAGGGCAUUCGAGAAAUACCAGUGCCGUAAGCAAUUUGUCUUCGUCGAGUAACAGACUUGGACAGGUAAGAAUAAAACUGGUCCAAGAGAAUGUCCCUAACAAACCCCAGCUAUCUGCGGAAUUAAGAACGCGUCUUUCUUAUGCCAUGGUCAAAGUGCACAAUGGAUGGCAAUCAAACUCAAUUGGUGAGGUAGAAUCUCUAGCAUCACAAGCAGCUUCUCCCACGUCAUCCUCUUCAACAUUACACGGUCGUCGAAAUCUAGUAACAUCACCACGAACUGCAAUAGCCAGUAUACAAGGGCAAUCCGGCAGUGGAAGUAACUCUUCAUCCCAACAGACUGUGGAUUUCGACCUGUAUUCGGCAAAUGGACAACCAACUCGAACAUACGAAUCCUUCUGGCGAGAUCAUUCCGUCGCACACAAUCCUUCGCCGAGACACUACCAAGUCUCACCACCUUCCAGAUCACUUGCCCCGCCAGCUGAUAUCCGACCAACCCCAACAUCACGUCGAUCUGGGACCCCCAAAUUCAGUAAACCCCCGACAAUUCCAGGCCAUAAUUCCAAUUCCUCGCUAUUGUCAAAUACUCCACUAACACCCAAUCGAGAUAUGAGAGAAGGGCCCCGCAUCCACACACCGACGCAAAAAACCCUCCAGGAACAAGACGCCAUAGAAACAUUACUAUUCAUGAGCAGUCCGGGAAAUUCAGGAAACAUGGCUCACACGUUUCCACCGAGGAGUCAGGCAUCACCACAACAAAGUCCGCUACGCACCGAGUUCAGUCAUCAAACCAGACCUGCUCAUGGGAAGAAAGUCGGGUUCGAUGUCACUGCCACGAGUGAGAGUGCGGCUAGUAGUGAGGCGAGUGGUGGUGCGCAGUAUAGAAGGAGGGGAACCGGUGGCUCGGGGAAGACGACGAGGGAGAGGGAGGCGGCGAUUGAUCGGUUGUUGGAGGAGAUGGGGGACUCGAGUAGUGAUGAGGAGGAGAGGUUGGUGUUGAAUAAGUACUCGAGUCCGAGGAGGUCGAUUGCCACGGCGGGAAGGUAGUAUAUUUGUGGAUCUCGAUGUGUUUUGUUGUAAAGACUUGCUUUGGCGAGCCCUUUUUGGGGUAUACCGUCGUUUCAUUUUUCUUUUCUUCUUUCUAUGUUUACUUCUUUUUGGAUGAGGUGCAUAGCAUGAUACCAUAUCUGGCAUUGCUUCUUUUCGCCCGUCCCCGCCCCCUUUUUUUUGUUCUUUUUUUUGUUUGAUAUAUAUGGAUAUAUAUUCAUGAUACAUGACCUCUUAUGAUAAGGUGAUGCAUAACAUACAUAUUUUGGAGUUCUUUUUCUUUCGUGUCUCUUUUCUUAU